GAGAAGGACAUAAGGGACUAUUUAUAUAGCACUGAAAUGGGACCCUCUGCAUGUGUUUCUGUCUGUCAGGCUGCACUAUCAACUGAUGGACACACAGAAGCUCACUUGCUUUCUCUUUCUCUGUUCUGUAUACAGUCUAAUCUGGACAGGACAUCGGUUAUUUUGUGGACUUUCAUCGCAUUUUCUUCCUUGACUCAUCUGUGAGAUUAAAUUGAGUCUCAAACCUUUCCCUCACCCUCGUGGAUCUUUUCUCCUGUUCAGAUUUUUUCUUCUUUUCCCUCCCGGCCGGAUCGCCUGCUCUUCUGUCUUCAGAGUCACCCUUUCUUUUCCCCCCAAUCUCCUUUUCCUCCCACCUUCCACCUUCCCUUGUUUCAUUGUGCGUGGUUUUUGGGCCAUGCUCUCCUCACCCACUGUGAUUCUCCAGCCUUACGGACUCCCCGUCUACCCACAGACAGCCACAUGCUACCCCAGCCUAGUUCAGGGGGGCCCCUCUCAGGAGGCCGGCCCCGGCAGCGUGGACCCCUCCCUGUCUCAGGUCUACGCCCCACCGCCCUCCUACCCUCCUCCCGGCCAAGGUCCACCGACGUCUGCGAGCAGACUGCCACCUCUUGAUUUCACCUCCGCACACCACAGUUCAGAGUACCCCGAGCAUCCCCAACUCAGAGUGUAUCAGGGCCCCCAGCUGGACGGGGCGGAGCCGCUGACCUCCAGUAACACGGAGGACGGUUUGGCCCCUUUGACCUCUGACCCCCAGUCUCUGAGCGUGUCGGUGUCAUCGGGGGGCGGAGCAGGAAGUGGGAGUGAUGAGGAGGGGUCAAGUAAGGCCCAACCGAAGCGCCUCCACGUCUCCAACAUCCCGUUCCGCUUCAGGGACCCGGACCUGCGCCAGAUGUUUGGGCAAUUUGGGAAGAUCCUUGAUGUGGAAAUAAUCUUCAAUGAGAGGGGGUCCAAGGGCUUUGGAUUUGUCACCUUCGAGAGCGCGAGUGAGGCCGACCGAGCAAGAGAAAAGCUCAACGGGACGAUUGUGGAGGGGAGAAAGAUUGAGGUCAACAACGCCACUGCAAGAGUCGUUACUAAAAAGCCGCAGACUCCUCUUGUGAAUGCUGAGAUUUCAACUGCUGGAUGGAAGAUCAACCCAGUCAUGGGCGCGAUGUACGCACCUGAGCUCUAUACAGGUAACUCCUUCUUCAUGGAACUGCUCCCUCAUCGUAACGAGGCCAAAGGUGUUGCUGCUAUUCACUCUUCGUGCUGGUCGAUCGAUGCUGUUUAUUUAUUUAUUAUUUUCGCAGUUGCCAGUUUCCCGUAUCCCGUACCAACUCCCACCCUGGCCUACCGGGGCUCCGCGCUGCGCGGCCGGGGCCGAGCCGUCUACAACACCAUUCGCUCCGCUGCGGCCGCACCCACCGCUGUGCCCGGCUUCCCUGGGAUGGUGUAUCAGGAGGGACUGUAUGGAGCAGAGGUCUAUGGUGGCUAUCCUGCAGCUUAUAGAAUGGCCCAAACGGCGUCUGCUGCCACAGCGACCUACAGUGACGGAUACGGACGCAUUUACGCGACAGCUGCGGAUCCCUAUCACCACUCGGUCGGACCAACGACGACAUAUGGCGUCGGCACGAUGGCCAGUUUGUACAGAGGAGGAUAUAACCGCUUCACCCCGUACUGAGCCUCCCGGGGGGGAGGGACGUCUCUUUUUAACUCUGGGAGCGGCUGAUCCACGGACACCUCAGGACCGAUUGUGAGGUCGUGGGAAAUGUGGAAAUGGGUUUUGAUGAUUUCCUGCCUCCAUCACAACCAAAGAGAGACUAAACAGACUGAUGUAAAUAGCGUAGGACCCAUCGUCCGAUCUACUGACGAGCACUUGGCAUCUGAGAGAGGACGCUGUGUGUGUAAUGUAUAGACAGACGCCGAGAACCUUUAAAGGAAUCUUGUUCUCCCAUUUUAAAGAGAGAUAAAUACUGUGAGAAUGAUUUUUUUUUUGUGAGUCAAUUCACGAGUCAAACUGUACUAGAAACGUUUUGUACAAUGUUGAAUGAGUAUUAUUUGAUGAAGAAUAUUUAAAACAUCUGUGUGUGUGUGUGUGUGUGUGUGUGUGUGUGUGUGUGUGUGUGUGUGUGUGUGUGUGUGUGUGUGUGUGUGUGUGUGUGUGAACAUAUGAGUGAGGGAACACAUCAGUAUUGUUCAGUUUGCAGCUCAACCAAGAAACAAUGCUAUCAGCAUCACAAUCAGCAGAACCCACGUUUGUCUGGAUGUAGUUUGGAAUUUCAUUUUCUUUGUUUGCAUCUCUAACAAUCUACCUCUCCAACAUAUUUCACUUUGAAUACAGCGAGCAUUAUUAAUCCCAUAUAGUUUUCUCGGCUUGUGAGCUUUCUCUUCUCUAUUUCUGUCCAUUAAUGCUUAUUCAAGGCCGAAGUAUUUUAAUGUCACAAAGCGCUCCCUGUUCAAGGGUCCUUCUCUGUUCUAUUCAAACUCCUGGUUCCUUAUUUCACAUCUUUUUGAGAUUAUUCUGUCUUUCCUCACUGAGCUGUUGAAUAACUUCUUGACUUGUAUUGAUGGAUUUCUUCUUCUCUUGGUUGCUGUUGCAGUCUUUUCUGCUGUGUUUGAUGGUUACCUCUUAAUAAAACUAUUUUCUCUCUU